GAACUGCUCUUCCUAUUUGUCAGUGAAAACGGAAGAGGCGGGGAUAGUGAGCUGUGCGGCUGCAUGAGGAAAGUCAAUAUGGACAGUCGAUUGAAGGUUCUGCGACUCUUCAAGUUACUGCACAGAACAAGGCAGAACGUAUUCCGAGAUGAUUCAAGAGCCUUAGGAGCUGCCAGACAGAAGAUAAAUGAAGAAUUCAAGAAGAAUAGAAAUGAAACUUCUGUGGAAAAAAUAAAUGAGAUGAUCAAACUGGGUUCGGACGUUGAAAUUGUUCUUCGCCAAACAGUAAUCCAAGGUGUUCAUGUAGAUGAUAACAAAAUAUUGCUACGGCCCAGGGAAGACCAUCUUCUGGAAAAUGUACCUUAUUGUGACAACCCCAUAAAGAAAGCAUAGUUUUGUUUUUGCCGUUUUGGUUAAGAUAUCUCCAUGGUGAUUUCCUUAUUUUAAUGGGUUUACACAUUAUACAUUCUAAAACAACAACUAGAAUGUGGGGUGGUCACCGCUGGAGGGUUUGCUGCCAGUCUCUUGUGAUGCCUGAAGAAUGGCUCCUGUCCUCAUGGACAUUACAAGGAAGAGUUCCUUUUUGAAAGAACAUCAGAAAAGUUCCAAAGGAAAUGAGACCAUCCAGCCCAUCUAGAUCUUUUGGAGCAGUGGUUCAGUGUUGCUAUAGAAACUGUCAGGAAGAUGCAGUGCAUUUUCAGUGUGACUUGUAUACAGAAUAAACAACUCUAAAAAAUAAUUGCACAAAACAUUUAUAAAUUGUAAUUACAAUUUUACUGUUUUUCUUAAAGGUUGCUACCAGAGGUAAAGUGAUCUGAAUAAAUACGUUCAUAUUCUAAUGUC